AUGGCUGGCCCUAUUGAUCCCGAAACAAUUUACACCAAACAAGCCUGCAUUGGUGGUGGAAGUUUUGGGCGAGUCUACAAAGGUGUCGACCUUCGUACGGGAGAGUCCGUUGCAAUCAAGAUCAUCGAUGUCGAAAAUGCCGAGGACGAGGUGGAUGACAUUAUCCAGGAGAUUGCAAUCCUGUCUGAACUGCAGUCUCCGUAUGUGACCAAGUAUCACGGCUCUUUCUUGAAAGGCUCGUAUCUUUGGAUUGUCAUGGAAUAUUGCUCAGGUGGCAGCUGCCAUGAUCUGCUGCGUCCUGGAGCUAUCCACGAGGAAUACAUUGCCAUCAUACUGCGUGAGCUUCUGAAGGGGCUGGACUACCUCCACAGCGACCACAAGCUUCAUCGUGACAUCAAAGCGGCGAAUGUGCUACUCAGCGCAAGUGGGCAGGUCAAACUUGCUGACUUUGGCGUCUCUGGACAGCUGUCUGCAACGAUGACCAAAAAGAAUACUUUUGUCGGAACCCCAUUCUGGAUGGCGCCUGAGGUCAUCAAGCAGUCUGGAUAUGACUACAAGGCAGAUAUCUGGUCUCUGGGCAUUACAGCCAUCGAACUCGCUUGCGGAGACCCACCCUAUGCGGACAUCCAUCCGAUGAAGGUGUUAUUCCUGAUUCCCAAAAAUCCCCCGCCUAAACUGAAUGGCGAAUUCUCAAGACCUUUCAAGCAGUUUGUUGAACUCUGUCUACGACGGGACCCCAAGGAACGUCCGUCUGCCAAGGAACUGCUCGAACACCCCUUCAUCAAGCGUGCCAAGAGAACGACUUAUCUGACCGAGUUGAUUGAGCGUGCAGAGCGAUGGCAGGCUACCCGACGAGACGUGGAUGACGACCAAGAAUAUCUGGAUGAUUAUGAAGAGCCUGCGCAACAACGUCCUGAUGAGAAUGAAGAUCUCUGGGACUUUGGGACGGUUCGUCCCGUCGGGAGGGCUGCGAAUCUUCCUUUGAAAUCACUGAAAGAGGCCGAGACCAACUCCCGUGCUCAAGAUGCAGAUGACUGGGACUUGGGAGGCAAUCCCACCAAAUCGGGCCCUUCGACGCCGCAACCAAAGCGCACCACCAACCUUGCCAUCAAUCUCUCUCCAUCCAAGCUUCCUCUUCCGCCUUCCGCCCCCUCUUCUCCGUCCAAAAAUACACAUUUCACACAACAAGCCACCUCUCCUCAACCUCCACGAAAUGCGCAAUCCCCUGUCAAGUCAGCUCACCUUGAGGAAGCGGCCCCCUCAAGGGCCCAUCACGGGCAAUCCAAUCAGUCCAACGUGGGCUAUCUCAAAAAUCCCGUGACUUCCAAGCCCUCACCAACCGCAGCUGGUAUGCGAGCUGCAAGGCCGACUAAUCCUCUAAGCACUGCGGCUUCGGAGCCGCCACGCUCUCCAACUAGCCAAGUAAAGAAGAAACCGUCAAUCCAGCAACGUCCACUCCCCGAUACGCCCCCCAGUCCGGCGCUGACGAGGCAUUCAUCUCACACUAAUGUGCAAAGACCAAUGGACGGACCAUCUUCUCCCAAGCCUGCAACAGGUGGGCUCAAGUCCAAACUUGCAGCAGCCCGAACAGAUGAGCGGUCUCCAAGGAAACAAAAUCCGUCUCAGGCACAAGAUCGAGCCAGACAGCCAUCUCAUACCACACAGCUCGCUAUGGAGAACGAGCAACCAACAGCCUACGGCUCAGUAAUUAUUCCCGCCCUUCGAGCCGCGAUGAACCGACGCGGACGCCAACUGGCUCGGCUCGAGCCCGGAAGAAACCGAAACGACAGGGACAUCAACUCGGACGAAGUGCAAGAGUGGGAACGCAGUGUCCAGAUCCACCGCGGCAUGGAGCAAAUGGCCGAUAACAUUGCGCAGUCAUUUGCCAAUAUUCACCUAUGGGACAUGGAAGCCCCAGUGUCGAUGGGUGGAGGCGUGGACGACGUUCUUGACGUCUUCCUCGAAGAAGUCCUGGUACGACUCCAACCAAACACCCUCUGA